AUGGAACAACAAGUUAUAUCUGCUACUCUUCCUAUGCUCAUCCUAGGUCUGGGAUGGACUGGCCAAUUUCUGGCUGAAUUGAUGGUAUCCUUGCAAUUAAACUAUGCUGCUACAACGCGCGAUGGUAGAAAUAACACAAUUCAAUGGUCUUUGCCAAGUGCAUGUCAAGAUAUUGAUGUGUCUGCCUUGCCCUUGGCCAAGACGGUACUUGUUACAUUUCCAGUGAUGCAGCCUGAAUGCAUGACUACUCUGAUAGACGCCUACCAAAAGAAACACGACACACAGCCCCAAUGGAUUUUACUGUCAUCGACUCGUCCAUUCGAUGGCAACCCUGCCAAUAGACAUACACCUUUGGAUAGAUCAAAAGAUACGGGUCGCAUCCCAGCAGAGGAUAUUAUUGUGGAACGUGGAGGCUCAGUGCUCCAUUUAUCUGGUUUGUGGGGCGGACAAAGACAGCCCAAAGGGUGGGUUCCUCGUUUUCCAUCUAAAGAAGCUAUCAAAAACAAGUUGCUAGCACGUCAGUUGCACUUGAUUCAUGGGAAGGAUGUCGCAAGAUCUAUUUUGGCUGUCCACGAGCACUAUAAACCUGGUCGUUGGAUUGUGACAGAUAAUGGGUGCUAUGAUUGGAUCAAGCUGUUCCUAGUAUGGGGUAAUGCAGAGCAAAUUGCCAUUGCAAGAGAUUUAGCUGCAAAUGAUGCUACCUGCCAUGAUGCUCUUGGAGAUGGAUCAUUAGAAGACAUUGUCAACCGAGGUGGUGUCAAACCAAGACUAGAUUCCACUGAAUUCUGGGAGACCUUUGGUUUAGAGCCAACUGAAUUCCUGAAGAUUGAAUGA